GAAAAAAAAGAAUGAAAAAACUAUUUAAGAGAGUUAAUUUAUGAAUUUUUGCUGUUCCAUUUUCAUUUUUAGAUCCCAAGCUUUCUUCAACAUUUAACCUACAACAUGUAUGCAUGAAGAUCUGCAAAGUUUAUUAAAUGGAUCGAAGCCUUGAAAUCAAUGAUUAAACUUACAAAUAAUUACGUUGCGCGUGCGUGUACUUGAAUUUGAUUACUAAAGAACGGUUUUUGAAUCGUUCAUUCUUGUGACUGAUUGUGAGAUCAAAGUGAACGAGUAACAGGAAAAUUGGAAAUUGCGUGCAUUUAUACUCAGCAUUAUACUUAGCAGGAAAGAGAAAAAGUACUAAAGUAAAUUCAAAUAUGAAUCAUCAAUUUGAGAAAUUGAAAGAGCGUGGCAAUAAGUUGGAAUUGCGCGCAUUUGUUCAAGAGUCGAGUGUAGAGGAGCUUAUGCGAUUAAUGCGCAGCAGUAUUUGUAAGUCGGAUGGGAUAAAAGUAUUAGACAAUCUUCUGCAAGCAUUUUCUGAUUCUGAAGCUUGUCAAGCAAAACGACGAAAACUUGCUGAGUUCACCUUGAAGAGUUUGGAAAAGUCUAACGUAUCUGCAGGACAGGCGAACGCGAUCGUCAAUCGGAUAAUUUCUGACUUGCCAAGUUAUUCGAAGCAACAACUCGUCAAAUUUGUUGACUUUUGUCUCACAAGUAUUCGCAAUAACGAUAAUGAGCUGUGCAGCUGGAAAGAUUUGUUACCUGCAUUAUUGGAAGCAUUGGAAAAUGAAAAAUACAUUGUUUACGCGGAUGCUGAAGUAUCAGGGACAGAAUAUAAAUCAUUGAUUAUCAAAACAAUAUGUAAUUAUCACUGGGAUGUCAAUCUCUUACCAUCUUUGACAAAAAUGUUUGGGGAUAUGGUAUUAGACAAGGCAGAUCGCAAUGAGGUUUUAAAGUCACUAUGUUCUGCUCUUCCAAAUCUUCCUUUGGAUCAAGUUCCCUCAUUUACAUAUCAAGCACUAAAAUUAUGCCCAAAUCGAGAUAAUCAAAAACUUUUGGAUGCUUUGUCCAAAUACUUUGAUCUGUGCUACUCGAAAACAAGUUUGUGUGAUGACAGAGAUAGUUUUGAAGAUAUUGGUGUAAUUAAUUUAAAAGAGGUACAAGACAUUGAAAGCACUGUUUUGUAUCAUGUGUACCAAGCUGCUCAGUUAAAUCAUGAAAACAUGAAAGAUUUUAUCCGUUUUCUUAAACAUGUAUCUCAUUCAGAAUAUAUGCUACAACCCUUCAUGUUUUCUGUAUUGAUGUCAGUUUCUGGUAUAUAUGAAGAUCAGAUUUUUGAGAUAUUAAGAUUGGCUAUCGUUUACAAUAGCUUAGAAAAACAAAAACGACAAAACAGUGCAUGGUUGAGACAAAUUUUACCUACACCUAGUGAUAUAAUUGGAGUUAUUCAACAAGUCAUUGGUAGCAGCAAUAAAGAUCGUCAUUUAGUAUUAAGAGGACUUACAAAUUUAGCUUUUACAUUAAUGAAUGAUGAUCAAAAAUCCAAAAAUAAUGCAAUAACUACAUGGCAUAUUGGAUCUGAAAUAAUACGAGAAAUAAUUAAGAAACAUCAUGAGACAGCUCCUCUCAUAUUACAAGAGUUGAUUAAUAAAAUAAUAGCCGGUGGUGUGACAACAACACAUUAUAUAGAUUGUUUAAAGUAUAUGUGCCGUGAAUUGUCAAUGAUUGUUUUGGAACAUCAAGUUUGGAUUAUGACUAUCGUUGAACGAUUGUUAUUUUUGCACCCUACAGUUGCUAAUCAAGUUCUGUUUGCUAUUUUCCCAUUGGUGCGUGUUUCACCAAAUAUACGAGAAAAUCUUUUGUUGAUUUUGAGAAAAGCUCUUUAUAGGAAAGGUGUCUCGAAACGGCAGAUGGCUGUGAUGGGAUUUCUUGAAAUGUUAAAAUGUACAAAAAUGCGUUCUCAACUUAGCUUUAGACUCAGUCAACAUAGUAAUUCAAUGAUUAGCUCUAGUUCUAGGUCUACAUUAACUCAGGCGACUUUAGAGUAUAAUUCGCAACGCGAAAGAUCAGUUACAGAUUGCGAUAAAACUUUGUAUUAUGAAAUAUUGGAUAUAUUAAAAAAGACCUUUACUUAUGAAUUUGAAGUUAGAUUACACUUGUAUGAAAGUCUGUAUGCUACUGUAACCAAAAAUCCUGAAAUAACAGAAAUUGUAUUAAAUAUGCUUCUUUCACAUUUGAAUCUCUAUCUUAAUACAGAUGAUAGUGUCUUGCCACCUGUAAAAUUGGAAUUGUGUACAGACGUUCAUGGAGUGGAAGUAAUUUUGCAAGAACCUAUUGCCCAAUUGAUAUUUACGUUACAAAAGAUAUAUAUUAAUUCGGUUGUAAAAAAUUUACAUACUUCUGAAAAAUUACAUGAUAUUUUGAAAUCACUGUGUAAUAAAAUGGCAAUUACAGAAUUAGAGCAUUUAAAUCUGGAACAUGAAACGAACUUACUUCAUGGAGACUUUCCGAAGUCACAGAUAAAGCUAAAAAAUCUUGGUAUAGCUAUUGGGAUUUAUGAGGCUUUAAUGGCGUUUCGAAUCGGUGAAUGGUCAAAGGAAAAUAAGGAAAAUUUUCAUGAUAUUAAUAAUUUGUUCAAAGCGUACACACGCUUGAUAGAUUUUUCUAAAACACCAUCCACAAAAGUGAAGAAAGGUGAUGGCAAUAGAUCCAAAAAGGACAAAGAUGCUAAUAAUACAACUAAAAAGUCCGGUAAAUCAACUAAUAUCAAGAUACCAAAUACUAUCAUGGAUUUGGAUGUAAUUCGCCAAAGUUUAUCGCUUUUAUUUUCACAAUCAUCUACUCAAAGUGAUGCACCUAGAAGAAAUCACAGCUUCUGUUGCUACAUAUUGCAAACAUGUGAACAACUUUUGCAACAUACAAAACCAUUUGUACAGAAUACUUUUCAAUUGCAAAAUCAUCAAUAUAUAAAUACGUACAUUGAUAUUGGAAGAUUGCUUUAUAAAUAUUUUGUACAAAAUCUGGAAGAUACACUUACAGAUGAUGAACAAGUAACUAUAUUGGCUUUACAAUGUUUCAAAGAAAUUUCUUGCUGUAUAUGUACAUUACUCUCAUCUGAAUUACAAACAUUCCUUAAUUCAAUUUUUGAAGUACGAUCUAAGAAAGAUUCAAAAUCUACGAAUAUUAAUUUCCAACUACAAAAAAUUAUUUUUUCAUUAAAUCCUUAUUUAAAGAAGUUUCUUACGGUAGAAACGGACAACAAUGAGGGAAAGAAAAUAUCACUUUUAUUAUUACAAAUAAUAGAACAAUUUACAUAUAAGAUUAACUUUGAAGAUUAUAAUUCUGAUCAGAUGCUCGAAUGUAUGAAAGAAAUAAUUCAAAUGGAAGAUAUUCAAAGCUCUAUUGUCCCUACAAUCAUACAAUUUUUCUUAAAUUUGGAAGAAUACAGUCAAGAAUAUGGAGAAACAUUAAAUGAAAUUUGUAUAGAGUUAUGUGAAAAAGUUGGAAGCAUUGAUAAGACUGAAUUGGAAACAAAUAAUUUAUAUAAAAGUAUACGUGAGGAUACAAUACUACAAAUUUAUAAUGUAUUAAAUGGUCAUAUUAAACAAAAGCUGGAUAAUGCAUCAUGGUUAUUGAUGCGAUUAAAGGCAGAAGACGCUAUAGCCAGAGCACCUGGAACAAUUGAUGAAAGUUGGAAUAAUAAGUUAAGAGAAAAGGAACGAAAUCUGUGUAGACAACUAUCCUAUAUUGCACAAGUACUUCAAACAUUAGCUAAUACGUCGAUUAAGCCAGGGCCAUCCACUGAUUUUACCUUCAAAAAUUUGCAAUAUUUAUAUCAUUUACUUGGAAAUCUUACAAAGUAUUUUUAUGCGAAAUCGAGUAGCCAGAAUGCGGCAUUCCAAGCAGUUAAAUUUAUUCAAGUGGUACAAUUAGCUGGUAAACCAUUAAAAUCUACUUUUUAUAACUUGGUAACAUAUGUAGAGGAAAAUCAAAAUAAAUUACAAUCAAAAUCUGACUCAUAUGCACAAAGGAAUAAAAUUUUAAAAGAAACCAAAGUAAUACCACGUGUAGUGUAUGAAAUUGAGCAAUUUAACAAGGAAAUAUUGUUACUUAGUAAAAGAACGGGCGUACCGUUAGAAAAUUACAUAAAACACAGUAUAACAAGAGAUUUUAGAAUCAAAAAUCCACAAUUGGUAGAAGGACUUGAGAAAAUGGAUGUCAGUUUGCUCAUUUCGCCAAAUGUAGAAAACUCUGAGAGCGAAAUCCAGACUUCGAAUGUAAAUGAUUCUGAUAGUAGUAAUGAUGAUGAAUCUUCAAACAAACGACCCAGGAUAGAGGAUGAAACUGUUAAUUAAAAUACUUUAUACUGUCUUAUGACAAAAAAUUGCAUUGUAAAGUAUUUUUAUAUAAAAAUUUUUUAAUAAUACUUAAAAUGAAAAAUUUUACAGAUUAUGUUCAUCUUCUUUCUGUACAGUAUAUAUUCACUUAUAUAAACUAUUUUUUGUAACUAUUGUUUGUACAUCUUAUUAUUCUGAUUAAAUUUA